AUGGCUUCCUCCAAAUCCUUCAUUCUAGCUUUGCUCAUUGUCGCAACAAUGUCAAGCAUAAAGGUGGAGGCGCGCCAUCUUCUUCAAACAACCACACUUUCAAACCCUACCAUUCCAUCUUUACCAAAAUCAUCUUUGUUGGAUUCACAAGAUUCGUCUAUAAUUCCAUCAUUACCUAAAGAAAGUCUUCCACCAUUUUCUAGUUUUCCAUCAAACGAUCCAUCUUUAAGCAUUCCACCUGUGUCAUCACCAGCACCAACUCCAGUUUCCACCACUCCCAAUUCACCCCCUUCCUUUUUCUCCUUUCCAUUUUUCUCCAAAACACUUUCCAACUCUAAGCCUUAA